CUUCAAAUCCACAUCUUUUUACAUUCACCAUCGUUGUGAAGUUACGCAAUCAUCAUCAACCAUGGAUGAAACGCCUCUGAAUGUUCCUGAAAUCCUCGCAAACGUGCUGCAAUAUGUCGACUCUAAGACCUUAGUCGCUGCCGCCCAAGUCAACUCCAUGUGGGCGAACGAGGCAACCAACUGGAUUUGGCGAGGAGGAUACCGCAUAUCAUUCGACUCUUUAUCAACUCCACUCCAGAGACUGUCUGAUUGCUCCCAAGAACGACGAGAUUGGUACACGAAAAAGAUUCGUUGUUUAGAUCUUGAAAUUGAAUAUGAUGAAUCAAAUCUACUCUCGAUUCCUCUUUUGCUGAAGCAGAGGCAGUUCGCUUUUGCAAACGCUCGGUCUGUCAUUGUCGAUCUUGGGAGUGAGAACAUGAAUGAGAAAGAUAUGGUUCAGUUUCUGUCGCCCAGUCUUCUCUGUUUGGAACUUUAUGGUGGCUAUUAUACCCGAUGGUUUCUAGAACAAGUCAAGAUAAAAUCUCCUCUGCUUCAACUUUGGCUUGUUGAUAAUCGUUUGAUAGAGGAAGAAGAAUCAUCUGAUGCCCUGACUGCCGACGACUUUUUGGAUUUUCUCACAAGCAUGACAUCAAUCAAGCACCUAGAGUUAAACCUGGGAUGGGAGCCGAUACUUGACGAAAGGGUCAUGCAGCACAUAAUGCUGCGUCCAAACCUCGAGGUGCUGAAUCUUGGUUACUAUGUGCCUCUGGACUGGCGGAUAAUCAUGCAAGUGCAGGAUGAAUACCCUAGUGACCAUAUCUUUCCUGUGCUGCGGUACCUGGAAAUAAAUGCAGAAGAAAAAGCUUUGCGGCUACUUCUAUCUACAUUGCGAUUUCUUCAAGGAGUCUCAAUAACACAGAUCAAAACUGCCUUGAGUCUACAUCAUAUACUAGGCACCUUAUCCUCCUGCACGCGACUUGAAGAAAUUACUUUUGACAGUGAACGUAUAACAUCCGUCUCAAAGGAGGAGCUUCUUAAUCUAGCUUCCGGAUGCCCUUUAAUUCGCAGAUUGGAGCUGGGUGGCAGUUGUCGAUCUGAUAACAUUACGGAUGAACUGAUAGAGACGCUUACAUCUAAAUGGAAGCAUCUAGAGGUCUUUUGCGUUUCAUUCUCCGGGAAAUUAACCACCAAGUCACUGAUAUCUUUUGCCCGCCAUUGCCCUCACAUGUACGAGCUAGAUUUUAUGGCCGACCUGGAACUGAUGGAUCUUGUUGAUGAGCCCGAGGCACAUUUCCCUUGUUUAUCCGAAUUUGGACUGGGAUCCAUUACCACGUCGCCUUUGGAAUCUGUCCAAAGCAUCACCAGUUUACGGGAUCAAAUAAUAAAGCUAUUGGAUGAUAGGUUUCCUGAGCUGUGCUCAUUUUCUUUUAACCUUGCAGCUGACAACGCCCACUGUGCCGAUUUCGUACACCAGAUUCGUCGGCAUUUGAGGGACACACGACCAGAAAACCUUCGUAAACGACCAUCGCCGAUAUCUCAGAAGCUAACAAGGGGUUUGUUAGAACCGAUUCCUGGUAGUAGAUACAAUCCUUUAACCUAAGACUGUUAUUGAGGCAGUCAGGCAUUCUUCGCGGUUCAGAAUUUCACACUCAGACACAGGAUAUAUGCCUCAG